AUUAUUUCAAAGUCUUUUAAUAGUUAUAUAUAAUGGGGAAAUUUGGUGGAAAAAAAUGCAGGUUGCUGUCAAUGCUAUGGUUGACUGGCACAUUUUUCUUUGUGGAGUUGAUUGUGGGCUAUGUGACCAAUUCAAUGGCACUUGUUGCUGACUCAUUCCAUAUGCUAAGUGAUGUUGCCGCACUUAUAAUUGCCUUCCUAUCUGUCAAAAUGUCACCAAAGAAAUGGUCGAAGAAUACGUUUGGUUGGGCGCGAGCGGAAGUGCUGGGGGCUCUUGUGAACGCUGUGUUCCUAGUGGCGCUGUGCUUCAGCAUUACAGUGGAAGCGAUGCAGCGGUUUAUUAAGAUUGAGAUCAUACACAACGCGAAGCUGCUGGUGGCCGUCGGCACGCUGGGACUGAUUUUGAACAUCGUCGGGCUUUUCCUAUUUCAUGAACACGGCAGCAGCCACGGGCACACGCACGGCGGUGUACCGCCCCCGUCCAAUGUGCGCCAUCUGACGGAGAUCGUGAACAGCAAUGCGGAUUUGGCGCUGGGUCAUCAGGCGACCGAUAACGAGGAGACCGACGAAAUGGUAACGCCCAGAACCGACAAAAUGGCCAACAACAACAAUCAGACAGCAGGCAGGGUCGCCAGCGAUCCCGGGCACUUGAACAUGAAGGGCGUGUUCCUUCAUGUGCUGUCUGAUGCUUUGGGUUCCUUAAUAGUAGUAGGAUCGGCGUUAGUUGUGUGGCUGACGGAUUGGCAGUACAAGUACUACCUCGACCCGGCGCUCAGCAUAGUUCUAGUCAUCUUGAUCCUCGUGUCAGUGUGGCCUCUGUUGAGGGAGUCCGCGCUCAUUUUGUUGCAGACCGUACCCACGCAUAUACAGGUGGAUGCGAUACAGAGGCGUCUGUUGGAGAAAGUCGACGGAGUGCUCGCCGUACACGAGUUCCACGUGUGGCAGUUGGCGGGAGAUAGAAUAAUUGCUAGUGCACAUAUUAGAUGUAGAAAUCUGUCGGAAUACAUGAAGAUCGCCGAAAAGGUGAAGGAGUUCUUCCACAACGAGGGCAUCCACUCCACGACCAUACAGCCCGAGUUUAUCGAGCUUCCUACAGACGGCAAUGAGGUUGCAAGCGGGACGUCAGCAGAUGCUCCUUGCGCGUUGCAUUGUCCGCCGAAUGACUUGUGUCAUAACGCAACUUGCUGUGGUCCCAAUCAACAGGAACGCAUGACACCUUCCCCGUCGGUCACACCAUACUUAUGUCGGCAGCGCAACAUGGGAUCUAGAACAGAAUCUAUGAACUCUAAUAUGGCGGCAGGAGGUCAAGGAGCGGCCACUACCAGAAAUUUAGAUGCACUUGAAUGCGGGUCCUUGCUACCGUCUCCAAUUGUGGACGGCCGUCUUUCGGCUUGACAGGGGGCCGGUCUCAACCACGCGGUCAAAGCGUAACUCCGUCACACUUUCACUAUGCAUUAGCUGUGGAGUAUGAAAACGUUACACGUUUAAAAAAUAAAAAUCGAAUUGUAAUUUAGUCUUUAUUUUUUUGUACAAACAAAAUGUGAAAUUUGAUUGCACAGAAGGAGACGUUAUUUAUGCUGUGAUGUCUAAAGAAAAAUAUUGCUGUUGAAAAAACUGUUUACGUAUUGUAAACAGUAUGUAUGUAUUAUUAAAGUACAGAUGGGGACAAAAAGUUGUGGAUUGUAUAUGUUUAUUUAUGGUAUUGCAACCGCGACUAACUUCAAUACGCUACUACCGAAUUAAGAAGAAGUUUCGGUAGCCAUCCAAGCGACUUUUCUGUAUCAAAACAUUGCGAUAGUGAAUUUUAUAUAUAUAUAUUAUUCUCGUUAAGUCACACACCACGUUUUAUUUAAGAAGAAAACUUUAAGUCUCAAUUUUAGACGCCGAAAAACUAAAGCAAACAACUAUAUAGUUGAACUUGAUUAUAUAAUUAUAUGUAUAUCUAACAUAUUUGUAAUACCUAUGAUCCACGAAAUAAAUGAAUGAUUCUGAUUCUUAUAUAAAUUGUACAAAAAUUGCAAGUCUUGUACUGGUAUAUUGGAACUGGUAAUACAUGAUGUUAGUGUCUCGUUUGCACAGUAAGUAGCUGACGUUUUAUAUUUUUAUUAUUUUUUUUUACUUCGUAUUUCAUGCGUUUUUCACAUCUAAUUUAAUAGUGAAAGUUGGUUAUAUGCCAAAACUAACAGUUGUUAACAAAUUUGCUGUAAGACGUUUGUUGAAUGGAGUAAUAGCGAAAAUGUUGAACGUACUUGUUAUAGUCUAUAAGACGUGUAAGAUACACAAUUAUAUUUCGUAGCGAUAUACUAUGGCAGAUUAACGAAAAAAAAAAAACAUUGAAAUUCAUUAUCUGUGGUGAAUGAUUGAACUGAUUUUUGGCGCGCAAUCACCCGCACUUUGACGAGUUAUAUCAUAUUAGAUUAUAAGUGUAGUAUAAUUUAAAUCCUCGAUUACUAAAUUACACCGAGCACUCUUUUUUAAUUCCCAUAAGCUUUUAACACUUUUUAUUGAAGAAGCUACUUUAAGAAUAAGCUAUUGAAAAAAAUAAAGUACAAUUGCACUCCUAGCAUUUUCUCGAAAUAUUUUGAAUUAAAAUUUUUUACGAUUUGUUUUUAUCUGCGAAUAAAUACUGCUAGAAGAACCAGCUUCAUAACAUAGUAAAAUACUGACUGUAUUGCGCAGUCCCACAUAAAAGGUUAAUGCAAAUUUUAAUAUUUAUGAAUGUACCUUUGCGACCAAGCUUAGCUUCGCAUUGGAAAAGUCAUUUUCGCAAAUAUGACACUUAUUUCGAUGAACUUUGAAAGAAUAAUAUUAUCUGUAUACAAAAUUUCAUCCAAAUCAUUCAUUGGAGUAACCGAGAGUCCAAUUUCAUAUACAUAUUUAUGUACAUCAUACAUACAUAUGCUACCGUAGAUUGUGAACACCGUUAGUUUAUAAUCUAGCUCGCGAGAUUGUAAGCUAUCGGCGCAUAAUUAGGCACAGACCAGCGACAAUGAUAUGAUCACCCUAUUAAUUUUAUUCAACGAGACGACAUUUCCUACAUUCGACUCUAAUGUUUGUUUCUUAACUCUAUGGACUCAGAACGAGCUACCGCCAAGACUGUACAAUGAGGGACAGUUCAUAAUUUUAUGGAUGAUAAAAGCGGAGGUAUGUGCGGGUGCGUUCACAAUUUGAUGGUUUGAGAUUGAUAGAUUAUGAAACCGAAAAUUAAUGUGUUAGAUUGUAAAUGGUUUGGUACAGUUAACAAUUUUUCGAUAGUUUACAAUCUCGCGAGAUAGAUUAUAAACUAACGGUGUUCCCAAUCAUAAGGUAACAUGACAUAUACAAGAACUGCUCGCUCAAAGUAUUAAAAUUAGAGGUUAAUUAAAAUCUGUAAUAUUUGCUCCCUUUAUUCACGUAAUACAUGUUUAUGUUUACAUUCAUUUAUAAAACGUAUGUGUGUACAUAAACUUAAUUAAUAAUUGAUUUAAUAAAUUAAAGUUUAUGUAUACAUUAAUUUAUUAAAUCUGUCAGGGCAUUUAUUAACUGUAUAAUAAUAAAUUUCACAUUUUUUUUAAAUAUUAUGGAAGAGAAAUAAUAAUUUAAUAACAUAUUAUUAAUGAUUAAAUGAACUUACCUUAAGUGAAGUUCUAUCCUAAUUAUACGAGAUACUUCGGCGAAGAGAUUAGUAACUCGUCCUUCUGGUACCCAACAUGUCAAAUACGCAGUGGGGUUCUCCCCACUCCUGUGACCGGAGGAAGAAGGGGAAAGGAGAGGUUUUUAAUUUUUAGAAUUGUGAAUCCUAGACAUAAUACUACAUGUGUUUAAUAAGUUCCAGUUACUAAUCUAGAGGACGAAGCUCGAAGUAUAAUUCAAAAUGUUGUGCAUUCUAGAAGCAGUCGAGGACCUAUACAAGAUUAAAGACUAAUUUAGUACACCCUCUGUAAUCUGCAAAUAUUUGUUAUACUUAAAAAUUGUGAUGAUAAUUUGUAGUUUUAAGUAGAGAAAUGCCAGAUACGGCGAGCAUUUUAUAUCGUACGACGUAAACUAGAAAUGUGCGGGUAAAAUGUUGCAAUAAUCUGUAAGGUAGAUAGAGAAUCACCACUUAGUUAAUUGUAGUUGAUGCACAUUCAAUCUAUCCUCAGCUUAUUUGAAAAUCCAAUUAAUCAAUACGAAUAUUAUUUAAAUAUAGUUAUCCGUCGCUUACGAUAAACGAGGCUCUUUAUCUUUAUUGGCUUAAAAAUUCUACUUUACUCUACUUUCGAAUAUUGUAUUUUCUUCUUAAUUUGCCAAACAGCCUAUACAAAAAUAAUAUUACUUGUAUUAUUAUUACUUUUUAGAAGACAACCUAGAUUCUCUUUUAUGUGCCCUACACUAUAAUUUUUAACAACCACAACAAUAGGUAAUGUUCGCCAACAAAGAUGACACUACACGGAUUUCGCCUCAUAAUGGGGCAAUUAUAUAAUUUAAUCUAAUGGAUUUUAGCAGGUUAUGAUAGCCUCUGUCCUGUACUAAAUAACGCUAGAAUAACUUUACCUGUAUCUGAAACUUUCUUAAUGCUACAUUAAAAAAAGAAAUUAGCUUUAGAUUUACAAAACAAAUUAUCGGAAUGGAAUCGAAGCGAAACGGAGUUAUAACUAUAAAAUAAUUUUUACAAUUCAUUUGAUAAAGUAACUUGCAAGGAUGUUUAUUAAAGGCAAUUUUGGACAAACUAUGAAAAUUAAUUAGAGGAAAAGUUGGGUAGCUUUUGUUGUAUUAUAACUAAAAUAAAAAGAUCGCUUAUGACGUUUAAUAUUUAUUGGAAAUCUAAAAUUCAAUGAUUUUGUUACUUUUUAUUUUUUAUGAAAAUAGUUUAAAGAUUACGCUGGGCGUUGUUAUAUGGAUUGCUGCAAGAGAUUGUUGGUCACUGCUCAAUUUAUUAUGAAAUUGUACCUAUAUUUUAUUUAUGUGAAGGUGUAUGUUAUUGUACAUUAUACACAGGCACAGCCUUCAAUAUAUUACACGGAUCUGUUUUGCAAUAUUUCAUAGACAAGGUUUUCGUUUUCUAUUUCGUUGAAAUAAAAUAUUGUGAAAUGGACUGUAGUUUUUUUAUAUAUAAAUCUACAAGCCAAUAAUUUAAUAUUGUUGACGAUUAUGGUGUGAAUGUUAGAGAGUUUGUGAACGUGUAUUUUCACAGUUAUUAAAAAUAUGU